CGGACUCCUUUAGAAAACGCAGCCUGCGUGCCAAGAUGGCGGCGUGCUCUUUGCGCUGCCUUUGGGGAAGCCGGGCACCGCAAAGGCUGGCUUUAUGGGCACGUCGGCAAGUCCCACUCCGGGCCUUCGCCCUACCGGCUUCCAGCUCUGAUUUCCGCAGCGAAUACAGUCUGGAUAAACUCUACCCGCCCCAACAAAAAAGCAGCAGCAACACGGAAUUAACAAAAAAGAAUGUUCCUGAUAUUCCCGUAGAUCGUUUGUCAGUAUCUUAUUGUCGGAGUAGUGGCCCAGGAGGCCAGAAUGUUAACAAAGUGAAUACUAAAGCAGAGAUCCGAUUCCUUUUGGCAUCUGCAGACUGGAUUGCAGAAGAUGUGCGACAGAAAAUGGCAGUGAUGCACAAGAAUAAGAUAAGCAAAUCUGGGGAGCUGAUCAUCACCUCUGAAGUGAGUCGCUAUCAGAUGAGGAAUUUGGCAGAUUGUUUACAAAAGCUCAGAGACCUGAUUGCAGAAGCCACUGAGAAACCUCAAGUUGUAUCCAAACUUGAUGUACAGAUCAUCAGAGACAGGGUAGAGAAAAUGAACCGUGAACGUCUGCGCCAAAAAAAAAUUCACUCUGCUUUAAAGCAGAGCAGGCAUGUGGACUUUGACUGAAUUGGAAAGGAGAAACGCUGGCUCACUUUCCUCUGUUUCUUGAAGAAAGCAAACCAUUUUAAACUGGUUCUUUGUGUAAAAAUAAAACAUACAAUAUAUCUGC